UGCUUGCAUUCGCGAGCCGACCAACUUGACCCAGCCGUGUGAAAGGCUCUCCUGAUACUACUGGAGUGAAGGCGUAUUUGGAGGGAUAGCGAUAACACGCUCGGCCGGCGGUGUGGGCUAAAAGACGAGCAGCUGCCGCCGCCGCUGCAUCACGGACACACCGCUCAGUGACCGGCGGACUGACGGAGGCCCGGGGGGAUUCGGAGAGGCGUGAAUGGCAACAACAUUUCCUAAAAGAAAACCCUGCCCAUGAGACAACCUGUAUGCCAAAUGCGUCCUAGAAAAUAGGACGCGCGUUUGCCGUAAAUUAGACGUGGGCUCGCACGGCGGAAGUUUCUGCGAUCGAUUUUUUGGGGGGAGAUCUUCGUUUAUUGGCUGCAGUCAUGGACGAGGACAACCAAGUGCCCGAGGACCUGUCUUUAGAGGAAAGAGAUGAGCUGUCAAACAUACGGCGUAGGAAAAAAGAGCUUCUGGAUGAUAUUGAACGGCUGAAGUUUGAGAUUGCAGAGGUAAUGACUGAGAUCGAGCAGCUAACCUGCGUGGGGGAGAGCAAAACCACACAAAGAAACAAGCAGAUCGCCAUGGGAAGGAAAAAGUUCAACAUGGACCCAAAGAAGGGAAUCCAGUUUCUUUUGGAGAAUGAUCUUCUCCAGAACACCCCAGAGGACAUUGCACAGUUCCUCUACAAAGGAGAAGGGCUCAACAAAACAGUCAUCGGGGACUAUUUAGGGGAACGGGAUGACUUCAACAUUAAGGUCCUCCAGGCGUUUGUGGAGCUUCACGAGUUUGCUGACCUCAACCUCGUUCAAGCCUUAAGGCAGUUUCUGUGGAGCUUCAGACUUCCCGGCGAAGCCCAGAAGAUUGAUCGUAUGAUGGAGGCUUUUGCCUCCAGGUACUGCCAAUGCAAUCCCGGCGUCUUCCAGUCCACAGACACAUGCUACGUUCUAUCUUUUGCCAUUAUCAUGCUGAACACCAGCCUGCAUAAUCCCAACGUCAGAGACAAGCCCCCAGUGGAGCGCUUCAUCUCCAUGAACAGAGGAAUCAAUGAAGGGGGAGAUCUCCCAGAGGAGCUACUCAGGAAUCUAUACGACAGCAUCAAGAGCGAACCCUUUAAGAUCCCCGAGGACGACGGGAACGACCUGACGCACACGUUCUUCAACCCAGACAGAGAAGGCUGGCUGCUUAAAUUAGGGGGCAGAGUGAAAACCUGGAAGAGAAGGUGGUUCAUUCUGACGGACAACUGCCUCUACUACUUUGAAUACACAACUGACAAGGAGCCUCGUGGGAUCAUCCCACUGGAGAAUCUCAGCAUCAGGGAGGUGGAGGAGCCCAGGAAACCUAACUGUUUUGAGCUCUACAACCCGAAUCACAAGGGCCAGGUGAUCAAAGCCUGUAAGACAGAGGCAGAUGGGCGUGUAGUGGAGGGAAACCAUGUAGUAUACAGGAUAUCAGCACCCACGCCUGAGGAGAAGGAGGAGUGGAUUAAAUCCAUCAAGGCAAGCAUUAGCAGAGAUCCUUUCUACGACAUGCUGGCCACCAGGAAGAGACGCAUCGCCAACAAGAAAUGAAGAGGGACAAUCAAGUGAACCUCCAAACCCCCUCCAUCUUUAUCUCCUUAAGUUCAUGCAUUCAUAAACCACACACACUGCAAAGCUGGACUGAAGAGCACAGAGCUGACUUCAACCCCGAAGGCAGACUUUGGUUUCUUUCCUGGACUCUCCACAAGUUGUAUGCACUUGCUGGGGAGACAUCACACACUUGCUGGGGAGAAAGCAGCGCUCCAGCCAGUUUGUUUCUCCUCCAUCUCAUAUACACCCCCCCUACCUCCCCAGUCAUGCUUAUAAGAUGUUUAUAGGUUUCCCUAAAGCCCAACUGCCAUGUUUCAGGUGCACAUGCAUGCAUGUGGGUUAUUGUAGACCAAUAUGUUUGUAUUUGUGUGUAUGCAGCAGUGUGCAUGCUAUCGGUGCAUACCGCAUCUACAGUAUGGGUGCAUAAGUGAUGCAAGUGUUCCCUCCAUUGUGCUUUAUGAAAAAAGUUGUUAUUCAGAAUCAGUUCAGAUGUGUGGUCAUUGACACGGUGCGCAAAAUGUAAGGGUGACUGCUGGAGAAGGGGGGAGGUGGGAUGAGGGGAUGGACGGACACGUUUGGGACGUGGUUAUGACCGCAGUGCAACCUCACCUGGACCACGUCGUCAUCUCACUCUGGUGCUGAAUUCUUCUCUCAAGGUGCCACGGCUGAAGAGUAACCUCAGAGGACAUCAACAACAACAACAAACAGAUGGCUUAGAUUUAGGUUCUUUACAGUCAGCUGGACUGAUUUCAUUUAUCUGUGUGGAGCAGAGAAUUUUGUAACGUGCAUCCUUUCUUACUUUAGUUGAGUAGCAGUGGCGCUUUUGCUAAAGCUUCAAAUUCAACUCGCUUUGUGGACUUAAAGUUGCAAUCCUUAAGAUUUCAGCACCUCUGGUUUGACUGUAUCCUGUCACACAUUUUGAACAUCUGCUCCCUUACGAGGGGCCGCCAGAGCAGGUAGCUCCCACACGUUUGCGCCUCCUCUGCAGAUCGACCCAAGCAUCUUCAGCUCGAGAAGUGAAUGUUUGAACUACAGCACUGUCUGCUGUUUACAGUGUUUUGACUUUGAUUACAACUAGACUUUUUCACACCUUUCCUCACCUUUAAUCGAAUUAUUUUUUAAAAAUAGCAAAUAUACUAUUUAAAUAAUUUACAUAUGUAAUAUGGGGUAACCCAUUUCCAUCAACCUCAAUCUUAGUGAGAAAUAUAUUAUGUACCUAUGACUGCUUCACAAUAAAAGCCCUCUUUUUAAAUGCUUUUAACGUGAAACAGUAGCAGGAUAACAUUUGUUGGCAACUGUCAAACCAGGAUCUCAUUUCAUUGACAUCUUAAGGAUUAGAACUUUCAGAGCGCUUUCAUUUGAGAAAGUCUAUCUACUGAGUGGGUUUUAUUUUUGGCUGUGCAGAAGCCCAGUUAGGUACCAGUCCAAUUAAGCUUCUUUUUUUCCUUUCCCUUAUCUAUGGCCUAUGUGAGUGAAGGUCGGUGUGUUGUCGUGAUCCUGUUUGCAUUUGGUUCGUACUCCUAAAGAUCCUUGCUUGCCUUUGUGUUUCUUCUCUUCGAACAUUUCUAUAUCUAAUAACCAGCUAUCAUUUUUGUAUUUAUUUUCAUUUGUGAAGUGGUUUAAUACUACCUGUAAAUGUUCAGCAGUGUAUGCCUAAGUUAUGUUUGUAUAUACAAUGUAUAGCUUUCUGGUCUCUUUGUUGUAGUAUGCACAAACUCUGUGUGUAACCAUGUUUGAGCCGACUGGCAGUUUGCAUCAGCUGAAGUUUGAGGUCUUCUUUGCAAAAGCCUUAAACAUAAUCAUUAUAAAAUAUAUGGGGAUGAUGAAUAUUGGAUAAAUAACUGUGACAACGCCGUUAAAAAGCCAUGACUGAGUGAGAAAGGUGGUUGUAUUUAUGAUGAUGAUGAUGAUGAUUAUGGUGAAUAUGAUGAUGAUUAUACUAAAGUAAUAUCGGUGAUGGUGAUUAUAUAAUUGAUGAUGAUGUCAAAAACACCAGUAGUUUUCUAUAUAAUUGUAAAAUACAGUGAAAGCCUUGUGGUCAGGGCAUGAUAUUAUCUUCUACUGCCCUGUGUGGGCUUAUAGUUACAUUAACUUUUAUAUUCUCUGUAAAAGCUAUUGGUCACGUUGUACAUUACGUGUAUCUACAUAAAGUAUACAUAAAGCAGA